GAGAGAAAAAGAGGCAGGGUAGGGCAGAAAAGAGAGAGGAGAGGAAGGAGGGAGGGGAGGAGGAGAGAAGGACCGGCGGCGGCGGAUGGGGAGAGGCUGAGCGGGGAGAAGCAGACUAGCUCCGGCGGCGGGAUGGAGCUUUGGCGGCAGUGUACGCUCUGGCUGGCUGCCUGUGGAGUUUUGCCCCCCGGACACCGGCUGAAUGGCCCGGAGGCGCGGUUGUUCGAGUUAGCGCAGAGUCUGCGGGACGGAGUGCUGUUGUGCCGACUGCUCGGGGUGCUAAGGUCCGGCUGCAUCAGCACCAAGCACAUCAGCCAGCGGCCACACAUGUCUCAGUUCCUGUGUCUGAAGAAUAUUCGGACCUUCCUGUCUACCUGCUGUGACACAUUUGGCAUGCGAAGGAACGAUCUGUUUGAUGCUUUCGAUCUUUUUGAUGUCCGUGACUUUGCAAAGGUGAUCAAUACCCUGUCCCGUCUCUCACACACACCCAUCGCCCUCAGCUCUGGGGUCAGACCAUUUCCCACAGAAGUUUCUGAAGCCGAUGAAGACAUUUACAAGAGCCUUGCUGAUCUUAUUGAUGAGGAGAGUGUCGAAGAUGAGGAAGAUCUCUAUGACUGUGUCUACGGUGAUGACGAAGGUGGAGAAGUUUACGAGGUCUUGAUGAAGGUUGAAGCAGCCCAACCAAUAAGACCGCUGGAGAGCGACGUCCGUACCUGCUGCCUGUUGGAGAUUAAACAGACUGAGGAGAAGUACACCGACACCCUCGAAUCCAUCGAAAAGUAUUUCAUGAUCCCAUUGAGACAAUAUUUAACAGUGGCCGACAUGGAAACAAUCUUCAUCAACAUGGAGGCUCUGGUUAAUGUCCACAGGGACCUGAAUAUGGAACUGAAGUCUGUUAUUCUGUCCAAAAAUCAGCAGAAUCUCUACCAGGUCUUCAUCAAGUACAAGGAGAGGUUGCUAAUUUACGGCGAGUAUUGCAGUAAGGUGGAGGAUGCCAUAAAGUGCUUGGAUGAGAUCAGUAAAUCAAGACAAGAUCUGCGGCUGAAACUUGAGGAAUAUGCAAGGCGAGCCAACAAUGGGAAGUUCACCUUGAGAGAUCUGUUGGUGGUGCCCAUGCAAAGAGUUCUCAAGUACCACCUCCUGCUUCAGGAACUGGCGAAACAAACCACUGAGAGACAAGAAAAGGUCAAUCUGCGCCUGGCACUGGAUGCCAUGAAGGACUUGGCUCAAUACGUGAAUGAGGUAAAGCGUGACAGUGAGACCCUUCGAGAGAUCACCCAAUUUCAGCACUGCAUAGAUAACCUGAAUCAGCCGCUGGCGUCCUAUGGACGGCCCAAGGUAGAUGGAGAGCUGCGCAUACUCACCCUGGAUAAACGAGGACGACAGGACCGUUACGCCUUUCUGUUCGACAAAGCAGUGAUUGUGUGUAAGAGGCGAGGAGACAUCUAUGAAAUGAAGGAAAUUAUCGACCUGUGCAGCUACAAGAUCACCAACAAUCCAACCACAGAUAAGGAAAACAAGAAGUGGUCCCAUGGAUUCUACCUCACACAUCUCCAUGGGCACAACGGCUUUGAGUUCUUCUGUAGAACCAAGGAAUUGAAGAAAAAGUGGCUGGAGCAGUUUGCAAUGGCUCUGUCGAACAUUCGCCCAGAGCAUGGCAGCAGUAAUGAGCACAGUUUCACCAUGUACACUUUCGCCCAGGCCACUGUCUGCUCUGCCUGCCGCAUGUUGCUCCGAGGGAUAUUUUACCAGGGAUAUUUGUGCACAAGGUGUGGAACAGGAGCACACAAAGAGUGUUUAGGCAGAAUUGGAGUUUGCAGCAAAGCGGAAGCAGAUCCCAGGAGAGGCAAACAUAUGAAUUGCUUCAAUGGAGACAAGAAACAAGAUACGCCACUGGAUAUGGGACUGCCAAGAAUGCAGGUGACCAGGUGCUAUGGAGGAGUGCCGCAGCCACCCAACACUGGUCCAGCACUGACCAUUCAGCAGGGAGACGUUAUUGAGGUCUAUGGUGCUGAAGCACACUCUGUCUGGUGGAAGGGUCGAAACCUGACAACGAGGGAGAUGGGCUUCUUCCCCCGUGACUGCGUCAAGCCCUUGCCCUGUGUUCCAAAACGUAUGGAUUACUCAGGAUUUGCAUGGUUUGCUGGAGCAAUCGAUCGGCAUCAGGCAGAAGCUGAGUUGAUUAACCGUGAGAACAGCACUUUCCUUGUUCGGCAGAGGCCUAAGCAGCUGGACGAAUUUGCCAUCAGCAUCAACUACAACAAUGAAGUGAAACACAUUAAGAUUAUUUCUGAAGAUUCAUCCUUCUACAUCGCACAGAACAAGAGAUUCCGUACAUUAAAGGACCUCGUGGAUUAUUAUGGCUACCAUUCCCUGAAGGAAGGUUUUCGAUGUCUGGAUACUACCUUGCAGAUUCCAUAUAAGAUACCAGAGUGUCUCACUGGUUACAGAGCUGCCCAGGCCGCAAAAUCAUUCCCGAGGCCGAAAGUGGUCGGUGUGGCUGUGGCCCAGUACGAUUUCUCCGCCCGCGAUAUGAGAGAGUUGACCCUGCAGGAAGGAGACGUGGUGACGAUUCACAGCAAGACAGGACCCAAUGGGUGGUGGCGUGGUUCAGUGAAUGGGAGGAUCGGUUGGUUCCCCUCUACUUAUGUGGAAGAGGAUGAAGAUUGCUUCCAUUAGUCCAGAGGAGUGAAAGAGCAGGCGAGGAUCUCUCCAUGAUGAUCUUGUUACCAGAGUUAUGGGAAGCGGCACUUUGUGGACCAGGAUGUUGGACUGCUGGAUAGGCUUGGUCUAUAGUCUUCUGAGAGGGGUGUGGGUGGGAUGGGAAGGUAAGUCUGAGUGGGCUUGAAGAUGGCAACUGUAGAAUGACUUCAAGAAGCCACUCAGAAAUCGACCUCCCAGUGGACCUGUGCUGCCAGCUUUAUCCUGGCCAUUGCUACAUGGAUCCUGAGGACUGUCACCAGCUGCUGUCAAUGCUGUCAGCUGUUUUCGUUGGCUGUGUCUAGUGGCUGGACACAGAGGUCACUGCAUUAGAGGCAAGCACGCGUGCAAUUCUGUCAGUGGGAACAAUCUGUGUGGUGGUGGUGAAAGCAAAUAUAAUACAAACGUUUGUAGGAACAUUUAAGAAGCUCUCAAAUGGGCAGUUGAUUGUAAAGAGAAUGGAAAGAUAUGGAUAAUGUAUAGUAGAGGGAUUGAUUUAAUUACUUGUUUAAUUAGAUUGGGACCGUUCCUGUGUUGUUCCCUUUUUAUGUUUUAAUACUAUUAAUGCAGCCACUCCAAUGUUUUGUGCAACUGUUACAUGAUAUCUUAACUCUUAUAAUACCUCAGCUGAUGAAGGUAAGCAUGACACAUGCCCUCUUCACCAUCUUGUCUACCUGAGUUUUCACUUUCAGAGAAUUUGAAAUUUCAAUUUCAAUUACAUAGUACUCAUACCCCAAGGUCUCUAUGUCCUACAACAUUCCCCAGUCCUACCCUGGAAGGACGGACAUACACAGUGCUUCAUUUUGCACUUUUCAGGUUUAAACCUCAUCUGCCAUUCCUUUGCCCAAUUUCUCAGUGAAUAAACCUCAUUUUGUAACAUUAGAUGACAUAGUUUUUUAGAGCAGCUCAUGGUUGAGCCCACUGGAGGAUUGAACAUCAGAAGUUUGGAGAGGAGGGGACCUCAAUCAGGUCCAUUGCCUGAGGAUAAAGGUCGCAGCAGCAUAAUGGAGCUUUGACCAGCAACUGGUCAGCAAUUGGGAUUGAUUAGUAAGAGCAAAUUAAAGGAAGGCAGUUGAAAGCGCAGUGACCAUCACCUGAGUGGACAUAGUCAGACUGAUGAUCUUGAGGCUUUAGCUCUUAGAGGCUUAUGUGAUCAGAGGCAUCACUCAGAGAAAGCAAAAGAAAGAAAAGCUCAAGUUUUUCAUUCUCUAUAUAUCUACUCGGCUAGAAACAGUAGAGAUGACAGACAGGAUGAUAAAAUGAUCCUCUUGUUGAAUGUGGGAAGGCAGGGAGACCUCCAGUGUCCUUGACCACUAUGACUACAAGAAGUGCAUCCAGCUGUAGCUUUUAACAAUCCGUGUUAAGUUGGAGCUGGAACUGGAUGAACUCUGGAUCAUUUGGGAAGCUGAAAGAGGUGAUAGAUAGUACAUAAAAGAGGUAGUUACACCCAAGGUGCAGAACACAGGAAACAGGGUGACAAUCAGAAAGAGAAAAGGAGUUAAGGAGCCAGUUCAGAGUAUCCCCGUGGCUAUCCCCUUCAACAACAGGCAUAUUGCUUUGGAUACUGUCAGUGGGGAUGACCUAAUAGAGGAGAGUCACAGUGAUCGGGUCUCUGGCGCUGAGUCUGUCUCUGAGACUCAGAAGGGAAGUGGGGGACGAGGGAAACUGUGGUGAAAGGGGAUCCUUUAGUUAGGGGAAUGGACAGGAGGUUCUGUGGGCAAGAAUGAGAUUCCAGGAUGGUAUGUUGCUUCCCGGGUGCCAGUAUCCGGGAUAUCUCAGAUCGAUCAUCACCAUUCCCAUUUAAGAGGGUGAACAGCUAGAAGUCAUGAUCCGUGUAGGUACCAAUGACAUGGAUAAGACAGUGACCAGGUUCUGCAGAGGGAAUUCAGGAAGUUAGGUGCUAAGUUAAAGGGCAGGACCUCCAUGGUUGUGAUCCCACGAUUGCUACCCGUGCCACAUGCUAGUGAGGCUAGAACUAGGAAGAUUAUAUGGUUUAAUAUGUGGCUAAGGAGUUGGCAUAGGAGGGAGGGCAUAAGAUUUUUGGAUCAUUGGGCUCUCUGCAAGGGAAGGUUGCAGGUGAUAUGAAGAUAGCUGGAGGGGCAAGUAGUUUUGAGGAAGUAGGCUACAGAAGGACAGACAGAUUAGGAGAAUGUGCAAAGGAAUGGCAAAUGGAAUAUAGUGUCAGGAAGUGUAUGGUCAUGCACUUUGGAAAAAGAAAUGAAAGAGAUGACUAUUUUAUAAAUGGAGAGAAAAUAUAAAAAAAGAAAGGUGCAAAGGGACUUGGGAGUCCUUGUGCAGGAUUCCCUUGAGGUUAAUUUGCAGAUUCAGUCUGUGGUGAGGAGGGAAAAUGCGACUUUAGCAUUCUUCUGAAUAGGACUAGAAUAUGAAAGCAAGGAUGUAAUGUUGAGACUUAAUAAAGUACUGGUGAGGUCUCACUUGCAGUAUUGUGAGCAGUUUUGGGCCCCUUAUCUUAGAAAGGAUGUGCUGAAACUGAAAAGGGUUUAAAGGAGGUUCACAAAAAUGAUUUCAGGAUUGAAUGGCCUGUCAUAUGGAGAGUAUUUGAUGGCUCUGGGACUGUAUUCACAAGACUUCAGAAGGAUGAGGAAUGAUCUCAUUGAAACCUAUCCAAUAGUGAAAUGCCUUGAUAGACUGGAUGUGGAAAGGAUGUUUCCUAUCAUGGGAGAGUCUAAGACCAGAGGACACAGCCUCAGAUUACAGGGAUAUUAGAUUAGAUUAUGAGGACACACAGUCCUCUUUUAUUGUCAUUUAGUAAUGCAUGCAUUAAGAAAUGAUACAAUGUUCCUCCAGAAUGAUAUCACAGAAACACAAGACAAACCAAGACUAAAAAAACUGACAAAAACCACAUAAUUAUAACAUAUAGUUACAACAGUGCAAAGCAGUACCAUAAUUUGAUGAAGAACAGACCAUGGGUACGGUAAAAAAAGGUCUCAAAGUCUCUCGAAAGUCCCAACAUCUCACGCAGAUGGUAGAAGGGAGAAACUCUCCCUGCCAUGAGCUUCCAGCGCAGCAAACUUGCCGAUGCAGCAUCCUGGAAGCACCCGACCACAUCCGACUCUUGAGUCCAUCCGAAAACUUAGAGCCUCUGACCAGCCCUCCGACACCGAGCACCAUCUCUGCCAAGUGCUUCGACCCCGCCCCGGCGACAGGCAGCAGGCAAAGCCGAGGAUUCGGGGCCUUCCCCUCCAGAGAUUCUCGAUCACACAGUAGCAACAGCUGUGAUACAGCAGCAGCGAAGCAGGCAUUUCAGAAGUUUCUCCAGAUGUUCCUCCGUGCUUCUCACGUCUGUCUCCAUCAAAUCAGGAUUGUGCACGGCCCCUAUCUAACAAAUACAAUAUCAUUUCGGAGUGGCCGCGCGCGCGCGCUGCAUCGCACUGCCAUCUUCUCCUCAUAUUCUUUCAGAACGGAGAUGAGGGGGAAUUUCUUCAGCCAGAGAUUGGUGAAUCUGUGGAAUUUUUUGCCGCAGGCAGCAGUGGAGGCCAAGUCUUUAUGUACUGUAAAUUUAAAGCAGAGGUUGAUAGAUUCUUGAUAGGUCAGAGCAUGAAGGGAUAUGCGGAGAAGGCAAGAGAAUGGGGCUGAGAGGAAAAUUGGAUUGGCAAUAAUGAAGUGGCAGAGCAGACUCGAUAGACCAAAUGGCCUAAUUCUGCUCCUAUAUCUUAAGUUCUCAUGGUCUUGCAGACAACCUUCUUCACUGUCCACUGUACAAAUAAUUUUGGAGUUUUCUACAAACUUGCUAAUUGUGCCACAAACAAUCUUAUUCAAAUCCCUGCAGUACAUGACAAACAAUGAGGACCCAGCACUGAUCCCUGUAGAAUACUGCUGGAUACAGUUCUUCAGCUUGGAAACCAACCUCACCACUAUCACCCUGUCAAUAUUCUAUCCAAUUAAAUAGCUUAUCUUAGAUCUCACAUAUUCUCACUUUCUGGUGCAGGCUACCAUACAGGGCCUUGUCAAGAGUUUUACUAAAGUCCAAAAACAUUUUGCGUCAUUUUUAGGGAUUGCUGCUGCCUCACAGUACCAGCGAAGCAGGGUCAGGCCAGAUUUCUGGUGCUGUUUAUGCAGAGGUUCCAUGUUCUCCCUGUGAUCACGUGAUGUGAAAUGAGGAAAAUGAAAUAUGGGAAUAUAUGCUUGAUGGUCAUUUUGCAGUCAGUGAACCAAAAAGCCUAAUUUUGUGCUGUUUAAUUCCGUGACUUUGGUAUGGCUCUGGCAAGAGAACAGAGAAGAUAGAAUCAUAGAAAUCUACAGCACAUUAUAGGCCUUUCAGCCCACAAUAUUAUGUCGACCAUAUAACCUACUCCUGAAACUGCCUAGAAACUGUCCGUACUGCAUAGCCCUCUAUUUUUCUAAGCUCCAUGUAGCUAUCUAAGGGUCCCUUAAAAGACCCUACUGUAUCCGCCAGGACAUUGAUUGCAAUCGUUCCAGCGGUGUGCAUUUUCAGCAAAAAUGUAGUUGUUCCACUUGGAACAAAGUUAGGUUUAAGGUGAGCAAAGUUAGUUUUAAUUUAUAUGGCCAGUUCCAGUUUGUGGAUCGUUCAUGGAUCAGGGAACACAAAUUCCAAGUGUGGGGCUAACAUCAAAAGGGACCAAGUCAUUGUGAUCCAGAAGUCACUGUUGUAAAAUGUGUUGUCAGGCUUGCCAACAAGAUGUGGAAAUAUAAAUAAUUAGAAAUAAUUUGGAAGGCUACAGAAGAAAAGUUGAGCUCUGUAAUGAGUCAGCAUAAGUAUUUUCUAUGCUGCAAUGAUUUUGUGAUUGUCAUUAAAUAUUAAAUGGAGUAUGA